AUGAGUUAUGGAAUCACAGGCUGCCUGGGCUGCUGGGGUCUGAGUCAGUGGGAGCGUGCUCUGCACGAGCCUGGCACGUGCCAAGUGGCGGUGCCUCACCUGUGCAGCCCCCUGGGCUCCACUCGGCGCCUCGCCUGGAGCGGAGGUUCCGAGCCCUCCACGAGAGGGGAGGGGGAAAAUGGGCUUGUUUCUCGGGUGGCCAAUCCACGAGCUCGAGGUGCUUCAGAGGAGGCGCUAGCACUAGGCCGGCCCGGGGCUGCAGGCUUCCCGCGGCAAAGUACAAAUGCUCCCGAGCGCGGCGUCUGGAGCCCAAGGCGUGCACAGCGGCCGCGCUCAGCCUCCCCCGCGCCGCCACCGAGGGUCCUGCCGCCCCGUGGCGCCCCAGGCCGGUGCCGGACCCCGCACCGCUGCGCCCGCUGCCAGCCAGCAGCAGUCCUACUCGACCCCGGGGACUUAAUUGUGUUCCUCUCAGAGGCUGACUUUCUCCCGGCUCAUCCUCGGGGUUGUCUGACCUUGGGGCCAGGAGAGUUGAAACAGACCCUGACUCAAUAUAUAAGACUAACAUCCCUCGUUGGCUUGCCAGGCCCAGGCAAAGUCUGCCUUUUCGGUGAGAAGAUAUAUACCCCCGGCCAGAGCUGGCACCCCUACCUGGAACCACAAGGCACGAUAUACUGUGUGCGAUGUACCUGCACUGAGAGCGGCCAUGUGAAGUGUUACCGCCUCCGAUGCCCGCCCCUCCACUGCUCACAGCCUGUGAUGGAGCCACAGCAGUGCUGCCCCAGGUGUGUGGAUCCUCAUGCCCCCUCUGGGCUUCGGGCCCCCUUAAAAUCCUGCCAGCUCAACGAGACCACAUACCAACAUGGAGAGAUCUUCAGUGCACAGGAGCUGAUCCCCACUCGCCUGUCCAACCAGUGUGUCCUCUGUAGCUGUAUUGAGGGCCACACUUACUGCGGUCUCAUGACCUGCCCUGAACCCGGCUGCCCCACCCCACUCCCUCUGCCUGACUCUUGCUGUCAGACCUUCAAAGACAGGACAAGUGAGAGUUCCACUGAGGACUUAACACAGUUGCAGCCUGGAGAGAGACAGGAUCCACACUCGGAGGAUGGAAAGAGGAGAGGCCCCAGCACUCCAGCCCCCACCAGCCUCAGCUCCCCCCUGGGCUUCAUCCCUCGCUACUUCCGGCCAAUAGGAACAGGUAGCACUACUAUCAAGAUUAUCCUGAAGGAGAAGCACAAGAAAGCUUGCACCCACAAUGGGAAGACGUACUCCCACGGGGAAGUGUGGCACCCUACUGUGCUCUCCUUCGGUCCCAUGCCCUGCAUCCUGUGCACGUGUGUGGAUGGCGACCAGGAGUGCCAUCGAGUCACCUGCCCCACCCAGUACCCCUGCAGUCAACCCAAGAAAGUAGCUGGGAAGUGCUGCAAGAUCUGCCCAGAGGAUGAGGAAGAUGCCAACCACAGUGAGGUCAAUUCCACCAAGUGUCCCAAGGUGCCAGGCCAGGUCUCUGUGUACACAUUGCUAUCUCCAAGCCCAGAUGGCCUGCAUCGCUUUGUCCUGGAGCAUGAAGCCUCUGACCAGGUAGAGAUCUACAUCUGGAAGCUCGUGAAAGGAAUCUUCCACUUGGUUCAAAUCAAGAGAGUCAGGAAGCAAGAUUUCCAGAAAGAAGCCCAGAACUUCCGGCUGCUCACCGGCACCCAUGAAGGUUACUGGACCAUCUUCCUAGCCCAGACUCCAGAGCUGAGAGUCACAGCCAGCCCAGACAAAGUGACCAAGACAUUAUAACAAGGACCUAAACAGUUGCAGAUAUGAGCUUUAUUGUUUUUGUUAUUAUAUGUUAAUAAAGAAGUUGCAUUACCC